ACUUGUUUCAUCGCAUCCCCACACUUGCCCAUCAUGCUGACAGUCAGUCAGUCCAAUGCGCUCGUAUACUCUGCGCUCUCCGCCUUUUUUCUCGUGGGACUCUACGCAGGAUGGCGCACCAAGAACAAGCAGGACUUCCUCUCCGGCAUCCGCACCCAGUCUGCUUUUCCACUCGCUCUCAAUUGGUUUGCUGCAAACAUGAGCUCGUCUCUUCUGUUCUCAUACCCGCAGCUGACGGUCAUUCCAGGUGCUGGGAUUCUGGGACUGGCAGCUUACUCGUUCGCCACGAUUGUCCCUCUUUGGGGCUUCGCAUGGUUCGGUCCUCUCAUCCGACGACUUUGUCCUGAUGGCUUCACGCUGUCCGAGUUCAUCCGUAGGCGUUACGGCUGGCCCGUUGGUGUCCUGACGGCCAUCAUCUUUGUGGCCUUCAUGUUCUGCUUUAUGCUCGUGGAGCUCAACACCUACGGAUCAGUGGUCUCCCUUAUCGGAGGCGUGGACGCCACUAUUGCUGCGCUCAUCGUCGCAAUCAGCACCACGCUGUACACGGCCUACGGUGGAUUCAAGGCUUCCCUCUGGACGGACAAUGUCAAUGCUGUCAUCAUCCUCAUUGAGAUCACCGUCGCUGCGAUUGCAGUCGGUGUCAACAUCGACAUUGACCCAGCCACUGUCAAGAGUUCGCAAAUCCUGGAGGCGCAAUCGAUUGGUGGCCAACUCUGGUACAUCCUUCCGGUUUCCCUGAUCUUCUCACAGUUCUUCAACCAGGGCUUCUGGCAACGAGCCUUUGCAUCGAAGAACGACAAGGCGCUCUACUGGUCCAUUGCCAUCGCCACUGUACCGCUCUUUGCAGUCUGCUUCCUGGUCGGAAUGGCAGGUGCCCUGGCCUGGUGGGCUGGGCUCUUCAAUGGAGUCACCGCCGAGGAUGACGGCUCACUGAACUUCUUCUACAUCUUGGCUACACUGCCCAAUUGGGUGCAGGGCUUUGUCCUUGUCUUGUCUUCAGCCCUGACCAGCUCGGCAUACGACACCUUCCAGUCUGCCCAGAUCUCUACGAUCUACAACGACGUCUUCCUUGGUCGUCUCAACAUCUGGAUUUGCCGAGCCAUCCUCAUCGGCAUCAAUGUGCCGUCGGUCGUCCUUGCCGUGAAGAACAUCGACAUUCUAACAGUAUUCCUGAUUGCCGACAUUGGCGCCGCUGCCAUUCUACCUGGAGCCCUGCUCGGCUUGAGCCCCAAGCUGUACUUCCUGAACGGCUUCGACGUCUUUUGUGGAGGCGUGGGUGGUUUCCUCACUGUAUUUAUCUUCGGUACGAUCUUCUACGGCAAUGCCUAUCAGGGCAUCUCGCUCAUUGUCCUACCCGAAGGACUUUACACUGACGACUACAGCACUCUGGGAGCCUUCUUUGCUGCUCCCUUGGGAUCACUCGGCUGGACUUUCGCCGCUUUUGGCGCUCGCUACGUUGCCACUCUGCUGUACUGCAAGCUUGGCCCAGGAGACUGGUUCUACCACAACCCCAUGCGCUUCAGGACCUUCGACACCUCCACGUUUGCCCUGGACCCAGACAGGCCCAUCAGUAGGUUCCACGCCUUCUUCAAGGGGUCUGGAAAUCCCGACGACGGUCAUCGAUUGGAUGGGAGGGAGGAUCUCUCCUCCAUUGGUCAGCUGGAAAGUACUGAUGACAAGGAGGAGGUGGAGGAGCAGAAGGCGUAUCCUUCCUACUCUGAGCCGCACGCGCAGCCUGCUCAUCUUCACGGCGAUGAGCUUGGUGAUCAGAGAGAGGCAGCACCUGCUCUCAGCGCAACCCAAGAUACACAGGACCACGUCGGCGUAGCGCGAUGA